AUGACUGCACUCAGCGACAACUCGUCAUACAUCAUUCCACCACCGGCGCCGCCAUCGGCCUGGCAGCAGUUCCGAAAUCGACCUUGUCUCUUCCUCGCCCGCAAGCUCUACGCCUGGAGACCAAUCAACCUCCCUCAGCUGCCUGAGAACCCCGUGUCUAUAGUCUGCAUAUCAAACACCUACAGACAGCGACCAAAUAUCCCCAGAGGCGACAUUUUGAUCCACGCCGGUGAUCUGACAUCAGACGGAUCGCUCGCCGAGCUCCAGAUCACUCUGAACUGGCUACAGGCCCAGCCGCACCCCGUCAAGAUUGUUGUAGCGGGUACAUCUGACCGAUAUCUUGAUAAAAUGAAGAGGGGAAUACGUCGCUGGAGACUUGGCGAUCUUGAGAGGGCAUACUGGGGCAACAUCAUCUACCUGGAGCACCAGUAUGUGAUUUUGACCUGUUUUAACGGACGCCGACUUCGCAUCUAUGGAAGCCCAUAUUCACCAAUGACUAUUCCUUCCUCGGCCUUCCAGUACCCCGAGUGUGAUAACAUUUGGGACCGAAUUCCCGACAAUAUGGACAUUCUCAUCACUCACACACCACCAUACACACAUCGCGACUCUCUCAGGGGUUGCCGGCAUUUGUUAAAUCAGAUAUGGAGGGAACCUCCUCAUCUGCACGUCUUCGGGUGCUCUCUUGAGAAUUAUGGAAUUGAAUUUUUGCACUAUGAUGCUCUUCAGGAGGCUAUGGAGCGCAUUGAGGCUGUGGGUGGGGGGUUUUUCAAUCUUUUGAUGGUAGUCAAAGGGUUCGUGCAGGCGGUUUUUCGCCCUGAUAUCAAAGCCAAGUCCCUGCUUGUAAAUGCAUGCAUUAACGGGGGAUUGUGGGAUAUUGAACGCGAACCGAUCACGGUUAUUAUGUGA